AUCAUUCAACUUUUUGCUGCUUGCAAGUAAACUGAAAUGUGCGAAAGAUGAGCUUUUAAGUUGAGUAGUUUUUAUCGUAAAAUGUAGUUAAAUUCAAUUAUUUAAAAUGGUCGUCGGUGUUUUUCCUAUCGCUAAACUUGGAGCUUUGUUCCUGAGGCAAGUUAGCAAACCUAUAGCUAACUUUGCCAAAGAAAGAGCAAAACACAAUUACUUCUUUCGUACCUAUGUUUGUAUGCCACCGGCACAAUUUUAUAAUUGGUGCGAAGUACGAAUAAAGAUGUGGGUAAUGAACAUGGGCAAGCCGGAUUCUAUACCUCCUUUGAACGAACAAAUGGCUAUAGAACUAGGAGCUAAUCUACUCGGCGAAUCAAUCGUUUUUGUAGUCGCUGCCGGAGUCAUCGUUCUCGAGUAUUCUAGACAAGUUCGUAAAGAAGCUACCAAAGAAGCUAUGCGUCAAGAAGAAAUAGACGCCAUGAAUGAUAAAAUUAGAGAUCUAAGUAUGUGUAUAGAAACACAUCACGCUCAAAUCAGAAGGCUAGAGCAUUCGAUAGCUGAAAUAGACAGUAAAACGAUUAGAAUUCCUUGGAAAGGUGGAUCGAAACCGCCUACCGAAGAUACUACUCAAAGUAAACCUGCACCGGAGACUAAAGAUACCUCUAAAUGUGCACCUGCAGAUAAACACGAUAACAAGGUUACCAAAGAUGGAGCUGCAACUACAAGUGCAAACCUUGAUGGUACGAAGAAAGAUGAUGAAAAGAAGAGAUAAUGUAUAAAAUUUCCUAAUAGUUUCACCCGAAAUAGUCGUUUAUGUUGUAUUAUUAUUACCGUGUAAUGACAUGCCCCGAUGCUAAAAUUGUUUUAUGCAAAUCACUAAAUUCUUUUUAAAUCACUCUUCUCGUUCGGUUUAUUUUAUGAGUUUUAUCUCUAAUGCUAGUCCAAUGAUUACGUAUUAUCAGCCGAAUUUUUCCAAUGUUUUUAUUUUGGGUUAUCGAGAUUUAUUAAAGUGAAAAAGGGAUGUACAUUUUUCACUUUUUUUUCGUUCGAUUAUCGGAUACGAUUUUUAUUUUACGUUAAAUAUACGGGUAUUCUAUCAAAGAAAACCUUAUUUUAAGCAUAAAUUGCGAUUUUUUUUGGACGCUUGUUCAGUCUAUAAGUUUGAUUUUAUCGCAAAAAUGGGGCGAUCUGGUUCAAAUUUCAUUCACAAUGCUAUUGAGUAAGUUUUGUGAUUCAUUACGAAUUUGGAAACCGAACUGAUGCAGUACCAUUUUGUGAUUUGGUUUCUGUUGAUAGUGGUAAUGUCAUCCCAUUUUUGUGUUGAAGAAUAAAUGUUUGAAAAUCAAA